AUGGCGACAGCCGAGUCUAAACUCGAUGAGCCCGCCAAGGGAGACGACAUUCAAAUGGUCGAACACCGCGACGACCAGGUCCACGGACGCGCCAUUCAACAGCAAGAGCACAAUCGCACCUGGGGACAAACCCUACGUAAAGACCCUCGGCUUCUCUUCUGGAUCGGCGUAAUGCUUUGGACAUUGAUCGUCCGAGGCUUCGAGUCGGGCGCAUCGGGCGCCCUCAUUAGCAUUCCCGUCUUCAGGAGGCGAUUCGGAGUUCUCAUCGAGGGCACCUACUUCAUCUCGACCAAGUGGCAAUCCAUCAUCAGCGGUGCGCCGAACGGAGCUGCUAUCGUGGGCGCCUGGGGUGCCUCUUUCCUGGCCGAUAGGUACGGCUCCAAGCCUAUAAUCCUGCUGGCCGCCGUCAUCAACAUCGUAUCUGUCGGCAUUGAAUUUGGGGCUACAUCUCUCGCCAUGUUUUUCGUGGGCAAGAUGUUCAACUUCUUGGCUAUCGGCGCCCUGCUCAACCUUUGCACCGCCUACAUUGCCGACGUUGCCCCGCUGGCCAUCCGAGCCUCUGCCAUCGGAUUCUGCAACCUGUCGCAAUGCAUUGGGCCAUUCAUCGCGGCCAUCAUGUCCAACUACACGGCCAAGUGGGAUACCGAUUGGUCCUGGAAAGCCCUUGUCGCUGCGCAAUGGGGGUUCGCCGCGGUGGCACUCGUUGGUCAAAUCUUCAUGCCGGAGUCCCCUGUCUACCUAGUCCGCAUGGGCAAAAUGACGGCCGCGCAGAAGUCUCUGGAACGCAUGUACUCGGAUCCGCAGGAUGCCAAGGGCCAUCUUCACCGAAUCAGCCUGACGCUCGAAGAAGCCGAACUAUCGAACACCGGUUCAUACAUUGACUGUUUCCGGGGCACCAAUCUCCGAAGAACUCUGAUCUGCAUCAUGGUGUUCCUCUCCGAGCCCAUGGCCGGUCUAGGCUUCGUCGGCAGUUACGGCGCUCUGAUGUACCAAUACCUGGGUAUCUCGGAUCAGAAGUCUUUUGAGAUCAGGAUCGGCGCAGAGGUCCUGUCCAUGUCCGGUGCCACCAUUGCAUUUCUCAUGGCCGAUUGGUGGGGUCGCCGUCCGAUGUAUCUUCUUGGAUGCAUCUCAAUCUGCAUUCUCAUGUUGUGCAUGGCCAUCUCCGGGUCUUUCGAUACAACAGCCGCUGUCACAGCAUCCGUGGGUUUCUACACCAUGUUCAACUUCUGGUACAAUGUUGGCGUUGGUUCCACGGUCUACGCCCUCGCCGGCGAGCUUCCAACAUCGGUUCUCCGUGCCAAAACGCUCGCCAUUUCCAUCUCGACAUCUAACGGCGUCAAUACGUUUUGGGCGUUUAUUAGCCCCUUCAUGUUUAAUCCGGAUUACGGCAACCUGAAGGCCAAGAUUGGCUUCGUGUUCGGAGCGUUCAUGUUCAUUUUCGCGAUCCUCGCGUACUUCUUCGUGCCCGAAACGCGCAGGCGAACGUACGAGGAGCUAGACGAGCUCUUCAUGAAGAAGGUGCCAACCCGCCAGUUCCGCAAGUACGUGACCGUGGCCGAGCAGCGUGCCGCCGAGGCAUACGCCGUGCAAGAGAAGAUUGCUCCGGAUCUGAAAGUGUGA